AAUAUUCAAUUCAGUUGCAAGGCUUGCUAAGAGCUGUCACAAAGGUUUAACUAAAAAAAGGUGAAUAAUUAAGAUAUGAACGGACCAGAUAUCCAAAGAAAGUAAAAUAUUAUUUUGUCAUUAAUCAAGUGAGAAACUUAAAAAUGCUGUUAUCAUCGUUUGUAUUGAUUUUAUUGUCCUGCCUAUCUGCAUGGUGUACGGCACAAAAGAAACCGGAAUUGCCGAAAUUGCCCGAGUUGAAGAAAAUUACAAGCUUACCGGCGGAUAUACCAACAUGUCAACGUAAUGAUCCCAAAAUUAACAACUGCAUCAAAAACGCCUACCAAGCACUGAAACCACGUUUGAAAGAUGGUAUCCCGGAAUUAAAUAUACCGGUACUAGGUCCUCUUCUUAUUGAUAACCUUGCUAUGUACGUCAAAAUGGGACAAGGAGUUGUGCAAUUACGUGGUUUACAUAUACUUGGCAUUAAUGAUACCGACAUAGGAAAGGUUUUAGCUCAAAUAACUGACGAUCAUGCUCGUUUUGAGAUACACACAACAACGCCACAUAUUUACUUUUAUGGUGAUUACAAGGCGGACUUAAAACUAAAGGAUGUAAAAUUCAAUCGAGGCGGUGCUUUUUCUGGAGUUAUAACUCGAAUCCAGCUUAAAAUUCUGGUUGAAGGAGACCUGGUGAAGCGCGGAGGCCAUAAGCACUUCCAACUGAAAAAACUCGAUUAUGAACCGCAAAUCGAUAAAUUCUCAAUUCAAGCGGACAAUCUUGAUCCGGAUAAAGCCAUAAGCAACGGAAUUGUGAAUUAUAUCAAUACAAACUGGAAUUCAUACUACAAACAGAUGAUAGCCGAAAUUAAAAAAGAUCUUGAGCCAAUAGCCUUGCAUUUCUUCAAUGCUUAUAACGAUGCUUUACCAUUUGAUUUAUUCAUAACAAAUUAAUUAGAAGUUUCAAAAAUUUUAGUGAAAUAGUUUGAGGAAAUAUUUGUAUAUAUCUUAUUCACCAUAUUAUAAAUAUCCUAUUAGGUUUUGGAAAUAAACUAAAUAUAGCAAAAGAUA